AUGUUUGAAGCUGGUUUUUCAGCUCAUGUUCUACAUCUCAAUGACCCUGGCUGCAGAGGAACCAUCCAGAAUGGAAGAGUGCAGUUUCACUUUGAUAACAAUUAUCAGAUCUGUGGCACUAAUCUUGUGGCCAACGGCACUCAUAUCAUCUAUGAGAACUUUAUUUUGGGGACACCAGAGUCAGGCGCAGGUCUCAUCAGCAGAGAGAAAAUACUGAAGCUAAAUUUCAGCUGUAUUUACCCCCAAACACAAACACUUUCUAUGAUAGACAUCAACCCACUGGAGACCCGUGUGAACGAGAAUCUUCCGGCUGGUGAAGGGAGGUAUCAGGUGCGAAUGGUUCCCUAUCAGGAUUCUGAGUUCUCUCAGCCCUUCACUGGUCGUGUGGAUGCAGAACUCAAUCAGCAGAUUUUUGUUGAGGUCGGUGUUGACGGGGUUGACAGUUUUCAGUUUGUCACAGUGAUUGACACAUGUUGGGCUACACCUGUGAAUGAUCCAGAUUACAGUCUGCGCUGGGAUCUCAUCACUGGAGAGUGUCCAAAUCCACAAGACAACACAGUGGAGCUUCUGCAGAAUGGUGUCUCAACAUCCAGCCGUUUCUCCUUCAGGAUGUUUAUCUUCAGCUCAAACGCCACUAAAGUUUACCUGCACUGUUCUGUUCAUCUGUGUCUUCUCUCUGCUCUCUCUCUCUCUCAGCACUGUUACUCUGGAUAUGAGCGGAGGAACCGCAGAUCUCUGGACUUCCAUGACAGCUCCUCCAUCUCCAUGGGUCCUCUGGUUGUGUCUGAUAGAAACGCAGAUCUGUGGGUCUCAGAGCCUUUUGUGAAAGUGUUUAAUAUCAUAUCAUAUAUUCUGUAA